GGCGAAGCCCCGCGGGUGGGCGGGCCCAGACGGGUGCGCUCUGGUCCCACUUCCGGCGCGGCCAGCGGGCGGGAGCGUGACUGCUGCGGCCACACUGCUGCUGUCUCUCAACGCCACUUGGUAAAGUACAUUUUCCAUUUUCCUCUGGACUCCUGUCUGCAGGCAGCAUGGCCGCCCGCGUGCUUGUGAUUGGCAGUGGAGGGAGAGAGCACACGCUGGCCUGGAAACUGGCGCAGUCUAAUCAUGUCAAAGAGGUGUUGGUUGCGCCGGGAAAUGCAGGAACUGCCUGCUCCAAAAAGAUUUCAAAUGCUGACAUCUCCAUCAGCAACCACCGUGCCCUGGCCAAGUUCUGCAAAGAUGAGGGCAUUGAAUUUGUAGUUGUUGGACCAGAGGCACCUCUGGCUGCUGGAAUCGUCGGGAACCUGACGGCCGCAGGAGUGCGCUGCUUCGGCCCCACGGCAGAAGCAGCCCGGUUAGAGUCCAGCAAGAGGUUUGCCAAAGAGUUCAUGGACCGGCACGGAAUCCCAACUGCACGAUGGGAAGCUUUCACCGAACCCGAAUUGGCCUGCAACUUCAUCAGGAGUGUGGACUUCCCGGCCCUGGUGGUGAAGGCCAGCGGCCUGGCGGCGGGGAAAGGGGUGACUGUCGCCAGGAACAGAAAGGAGGCCUGCAGCGCGGUCCAGCGGAUCAUGCAGGAUAAAACCUUGGGAGCAGCCGGAGAAACCGUCGUCAUUGAAGAGCUUCUCGAGGGAGAGGAGGUGUCGUGUCUGUGCUUCACCGACGGGCUGACCGUGGCCGCCAUGCCCCCCGCCCAGGAUCAUAAGCGACUGCUGGAGAGAGACCACGGCCCCAACACGGGGGGCAUGGGCGCCUACUGUCCGGUGCCUCAGGUUUCUAAGGAUUUGUUGCUAGAAAUUAAAGACGCCAUUCUCCAGAGGACAGUGGACGGCAUGCGGCGGGACGGCGUGCCGUACACAGGUGUCCUCUAUGCUGGUAUAAUGCUGACCAAGGACGGCCCAAAGGUUCUGGAGUUUAAUUGCCGUUUCGGUGAUCCGGAAUGCCAAGUAAUCCUCCCACUUCUGAAAAGCGAUCUUUACGAAGUGAUUCAAUCUGCCCUGGACGGCCGGCUCUGCCAGUCUCUGCCUGUUUGGCUUGAAAACCGUGCGGCUCUGACUGUCGUCAUGGCGAGUCAGGGUUACCCAGGAGACUACACCAAGGGCGUGGAGAUAACAGGGUUUGCUGAGGCCCACAGUUUGGGGCUGGAGGUGUUCCACGCAGGCACUGCCCUAAAGGACGGCAAGGUGGUGACGAACGGAGGGAGAGUCCUUGCGGUGACUGCCAUCCGGGAAAACCUCGUCUUGGCCCUUGAGGAAGCCAGGAAAGGACUGGCUGCUAUCAAGUUCGAGGGCGCAGUUUACAGGAAGGACAUAGGCCACAGAGCCAUAGCGUUCCUCGAUCAGCAGCCCAGGGGCCUGACUUACAAGGACUCUGGGGUAGAUAUUGAAGCUGGAAAUAUGCUGGUCAAGAAAAUUAAACCUUUAGCCAAAGCCACCUCCAGACCAGGCUGUCGUGUUGACCUUGGAGGUUUCGCCGGUCUUUGUGAUCUGAGGGUAGCCGGUUUCCGGGACCCCCUGCUGGCCUGUGGAACGGAUGGCGUUGGGACGAAACUGAAGAUUGCCCAGCAGUGCAACAAACACGAUACCGUCGGCCAGGACUUGGUUGCUAUGUGUGUGAACGACAUCCUGGCGCAAGGAGCAGAGCCCCUCUUCUUCCUCGAUUACUUUUCCUGUGGGAAACUCGACCUCGGCACCGCGGAAGCUGUCGUGGCUGGAAUUGCCAAAGCGUGCGUGGAAGCUGGGUGUGCGCUCCUCGGGGGAGAGACAGCAGAAAUGCCGGACAUGUACCCUCCCGGAGAAUACGACCUGGCCGGUUUUGCCGUCGGCGCCAUGGAGCGGGACGAGCAGCUCCCCCACCUGGAGGAUAUCGCAGAAGGGGAUAUGGUUAUUGGGGUAGCUUCAUCCGGUCUCCACAGCAACGGCUUUAGCCUCGUGAGGAAAGUCGUAGCGAAGUCUUCCCUUCAGUACUCCUCCCCGGCGCCUGACGGCAGCAACCAGACCUUAGGCGACUUGCUUCUGACUCCCACCAGGAUCUACAGCCGGUCGCUGCUGCCCAUCUUGCGCUCAGGACACGUCAAGGCCCUUGCCCACAUCACUGGUGGGGGGUUGCUGGAAAACAUCCCCCGAGUCCUUCCGCAGAGACUCGGGGUGGACUUAGAUGCCUGCGCCUGGAAGAUCCCCGCCGUCUUCUCGUGGCUACAGCAGCAAGGACACCUCUCUGAGGAAGAGAUGGCCCGGACAUUUAACUGCGGGGUUGGCGUUGUCCUCGUGGUAUCACGGUCCCUGAUGGUGCCGGUUCUGGAGGACCUUCGGCUGCACCGGGAGGAAGCCUGGGAGAUUGGCGUGGUGGUGGCCUGCCCUGAAGGCCACCCCCGAGUGAAGGUCAGGCACCUGAUGGAAGCCAUGCACGCGAACCCGGCAGCGCUGAAGAACGGCGUGGUGGACAGCCCCUCCUCCAUCCGACCGAAGCAGGCCCGAGUGGCUGUCUUAAUCUCGGGAACAGGGUCAAACCUCCAGGCGCUCAUCGACGGCACCCGGGAGCCAGGCAGCGCCGCCCACGUCGUGGUCGUCGUCUCCAACAAAGCCGCCGUGGCCGGCCUAGACAGGGCCGAGAGAGCGGGCAUCCCCACCAGAGUAAUCGAUCAUAAGUUAUAUAAAAAUCGUGAGGAAUUUGACACUGCAGUUGACCAAGUCCUGGAAGAGUUCUCCACGGACUUGGUCUGCCUCGCAGGAUUCAUGAGAAUUUUAUCUGGCCCCUUUGUCAGAAAGUGGAACGGGAAAAUGCUCAACAUCCACCCGUCCUUGCUCCCUUCUUUCCGGGGUUCGAACGCCCAUGAGCAAGCCCUGGCCGCUGGCGUCACGGUGACGGGGUGCACUGUGCACUUUGUGGCUGAAGAGGUGGACGCCGGACAGAUCGUCCUGCAGGAAGCUGUCCCAGUGAAGCGGGGCGACACUGUCGCCACUCUGUCUGAGCGGGUGAAGUUGGCGGAGCACAGAAUCUUCCCCGCAGCCCUGCAGCUGGUGGCCAGCGGGACUGUCCGGCUCGGGGAAGAUGGCAAGCUCUGCUACGCCGAGCAGGACUGAGGCUGCCCGGCUCGGGAGGGAGGCCCGGCUGCUUGCACAGUGGCGUUCGCCAUGCGCUCGGCCCCGAGGGAAAACUGCUGGGAGCACAGAGGACCCUGCCUGACCUCCUCGGCCAUUUUUUAGUGAACAGAGGUUCGUCACAGGCAGGGCCGGCGCGGCACACCCCACGCGUGUACGUGCCGUUGCCCGUGGUCCCUGGCUUUCCCUGCGUACGGCCUCCUUGCUCAGAGCUCCGCUAGUCGUUCAGAGCGCCUUCCGCUUUCAGCCAAACGAGACAGCAAAACUCUUCGUCUCUCUCACCGCCUUCUUCUGCCCAGUGUCACCGCUGGUCCCGGUAGGUUUCCGCAGGCCGGGCAGUUGCCUGGCCCCGGUGUCUCCUCAGACUGGCCGGCCAGCCGCUGCCGCCCGGUAAGCGGAGAUUCGGGUGCACCAUCUCCCGGAGGCCCCUUCGCGGUAAACACAGUUGGCUCUUUGGUUCUGGAGAGUUUACUCGACAUUAUUUAGCACCUAUUUUUUAUUUUUUAUAUAUAUAUUAAAAAUACAUAAAAAUAUAUACAGCAUGUGUGUGUGUGUGUGUGUGUGUGUGUGUGUGCUUGCGCUAAACCACUGUCCUGUGAAGUAUAUAGAAAGUUAAAAUAUCUAAAGGAAAAUGUUGGUUGAUAAAAUCUACUUUAAAAGUAGAGGGUGGAACCGAGAUGUAAGACGAAUCAGUGUAAACCUACGACUUCAGAAACGGAACUUCUAGGCCUUCCUUUGAUGCUGACGGCCGCACAGCACCCCAGACCCCGUGGGAGAGAGCGGGGUCCGAGUCUCGGGGUGGGAGGGAGGGACCACAGUGCGUCCGCGCACCUGGUCGGCAGAAACCAGAGCGCACUGGAAAACAGCGGGCAUAGUGCUGGCCGGCGCCAGGCCAUUUAACAGGUGUCCCCCUGUCUUGUUUGCGACGGCCCGAGUGUUACUUGGACAUGGUGCGUGUACAGGGACACUCAAAGAGAAAAGGUCACUGAAGCUAUGAAAACGUCACGACACAAAAAAGGCUGAAAACACCCGGCUGGUGUGGCUCAGUGGGUUGGCAUCGUCCCACGGACCGCAAGGUCGCCGGUUCAAUUCCCCGUCUAGGCACGUGCCUGGGUUGCAGGUCCGAUGCCUGGUCUGAGUGCCUUCGGGAGGCAGCCAGUCGGUGUUAUCACGUCAGUGUCUGUCUCCCUCUCCCUCCCCCUCCAGAAAAAGUCAAAAAUAAAAAUGUUAA